GUGGUGCCGCCACCUCCGCCGCCACCUCCGCCACCGCCUCCGCCACCUCCACUGCCUCCCCCACCACCAGUCGCAACUCAAUCUUCACAACGGACAAACAUGAUGAUCUCCGGACGGUUCAACGACCAAGAUAAGAUGAACUACAUGAGGGAAGUCAAGGAAUCACUUCGGGAGUGGUCUAUUCCCGUUGAUAUGGUGAAGGCCGACUUUUUUGGUGGCACAUUUGGAGACCAAACAGCGCGGCUCUUGAACAAGGCCAAAGCCCUGCUGCCUUUCUGCACCAGGGAUUACGGCGAGAAAACUGGCAUAGGGUAUGAGACCUAUAUAGAGCUCCAGUAUGCGCACCAGCAAGGGCUCGCCAUUCUGCCGAUCCAGCUUUGCGAUGAGUUUCCACCCUGCCCCGCAGAUGAGGAUGGCAAGGCACAAAAUGUCUUGGUAUUACGGACCGACUUGUUUCGGAUCUUCGACAAAAACAUGUCGGAGCCGAAGCGGGUUGCAAAGGAGAUCUGUGAUGCCUGGUUCAGCGCGGAAGCCGAGAGCAGCAGCGACUGA